AGAGUUUACCACAAGAUUUUCGUAAGAAAGGUGCACGGUUGGUUGCAGCAAAAUGCACGUUAGCAGCUCGAGUUGACAGUUUCCAUGAAACCACGGACGGCAGCAUGGGUAGAGGCUUGUUUGAAGAAAUCGAACAAAAAUUUGAAAAAUGGCAAGAACCAACGCGUUUGAAAGAAGCAAAGCCACUCCCGCGGCCUGACGAGGCGCCGAAGAAAAAACGAGGCGGUCGUCGAGUCAGGAAGAUGAAAGAGAAGUCUGCGGUGACAGAGCUUCGUCGACAAGCCAACCGUGUUCAGUUUGGAAAGAUUGAGGAAGAUAUGUUUCAGACAGACAUUGGUUUCUCGAUGGGCAUGCAAGCAAAGGGCUCGGGAAAAGUUCGAGCUGCGGCUGUUGAUAAGAAGACGCAAGUAUCUGUUUCCAAACGACUGCAGGUUGGUUUGUUGGUUGCAUCAGUUCUGAUUUACUACGGAGAGCGUUGCACCAGAGUCGCAGGGUCACACGUUUGAUUCCUACCAGAAGGACUAUAUAGUUGCAUUUUUCAUUACUGUUCCUGGUUAGGUGUAAUAAAUUGUAUAAAAUUUCACUCGAAUUUUCAUCUACCGUUGUUUUGUAUUUUGUAAAAGUACUCUGUGGUUCCAGUAAUAUUCACAAACCAGUUAGUAAACUAUCCAUUCAAUGGACCUAUUCCCUAAUGAACAACAUUUUGAUCUAGACAAGUCUAGACAAAUAUUUCACCACAGCUUGAAAGAGCAUCACGAAAUUAGUAAUAUUCCGAAGUUUCGUUGCGAAAUGUUGUAAAAUACGGAUAAUAUAGCCCUGCGAAGUUUGCCGUUUUUCAGUCAUUUUGUAUUACAAACGGGAAAUUGAUAGCGUAAUACAAAAUGACUGAAAAACGGCAAACUUCACUGGGCUAUAUUAUCCGCAUUUUACAACAUUUCGCAAUGAAACUUCGGAAUAUUUCUAAUUUUGUGAUGCUCUUUCAAGCUGUGGUGAACUAUUUGUCCAGACUUGCCUAGAUCUAAAUUUUGUUCAUUAGGGAAUAGGUUCAUUGGCUUCUUUUAAUUCAUGGACCAAUUAGAGGCUUUGUUUAUAAACCGCGCGGCUUGUGAAUUUCAAUAUGAACUUUUGAACUUCACAACGAAGUUUGGGGCAUUUUGGCAAACGUUUUGUGAAAUUGAGUGUAAUAUAAGGGAAGGGUUAAUGAUCUGUGCAACACUAGUAAAUAUGGAGAAUAAUUUGUUCAUUUUGAAUGAAUUUUAUAUUUCAUUUCUAUACAGCGUAGUCUCCAACAAGGGCAAGCAACUUAUGGUGGCAAGUCAACUGUGCGUGGUCAAACAUCUGGAACUGCCUCUAGUGUUGCAUUCACCCCGCUCCAGGGUCUCGAGAUUGUCAACCCUCAUGCAGCGGAGAAACGCGUCAUUGACGCAAACGCCCGGUACUUCUCAAGUACAUCGGGUUUCUUGCACGCCAAGAAGAAAGCUGAUGGUGGUAAAUGAUGGUAGGGUGACAGUAUGGUGAUUUGUGUGGUAUUGACCAGUUGAACUGUAAGGUACCAUUGUAAUUAUUGCAUGUCAUAUUACCUUGGGCCUGCUUAUACGCUUGGACCAUAUAUACUAAAGGUGAUAUGAAAUUUAAGACAGCGAUGCUACCCCAUUGGCGAAUGAACAACACUUGAAAAUGGUGUUUUCUGCAGGGAUUAAAGAAAAACACUGAAAUCACUAGACACAUUAUCAAUAUUAUUUCCGGUGGUGGAAGCUAGGGGGGUGCAGGAAGCAACUGCCCCCCCCCCAGUAAUUUUCAUGGUACAAUAUAUGUUGGCAACCUAAAUUUGCCCCGCCGCCCCCCCCCCCAAAAAAAAUUUUUUUUUUAAAUGUCUGCCACUGGUCAUGUCCUGUUUGCUAUCCAGAAUAAGAAUGUAGAUUUCCUUAUUAUUAUAAUUAUAUUGGGUUCUUAAGUCGUGAAAUCAUGGCCUGUUAGAUUUUCUUUUCCACGUUUUGGAAGCUUUCGUACUGUAAUUCAAUUUUAAACUGGAUUUAUUCCAGGAGUUUCACAAUUCACACUAUUCGGAUCGUCUCGUAAAUAUAGUCUUGCACGAUCUGUUCCAGUGUAUUUAGUGGCAAUAAAAAUAAGAAAGCUUUGGACAGGAUUGAUGUGGAUAUCCACAACUACCUGAAAAAUACAAGGAGAACUUCGACGUAUCGAGCGAGCACUUUCCGUCGGGAAGUUAGACCAUUUUUUUCGCCCGAAAGCUUUCUCAAUUGACCAUUUGCGUAAUAGACUAAAUUUUGAUCUAGACAAAAAUUUCAUCACAGC